UCUGGGAAUGCCCAGCCUCAAUCUUCUGGAGUUACACAAGAAAAUGAUGACCUUUCAGCAAAGCUGAAAGACGUCGAAUCAAUGCUGGCAAUGACGGACGAAUGGUUCCAAACUGAAAAAGAUAAACGGAUUAAGGCUGAGAACGACUGUAAGAAGUUCCAAGUUUACAUUACUCACCUAGAACAGGGACUGGAUCAUUACCAGAAUACUACAGAGGCCAGUCAGAAAAACGUGGAAACUCUACAAGGGCACCUGUGGCAAAGUGAACGCUUUUGUGAAGAUCUCCAAAGACGGUUAGACCACGAAUCGCGGCUGAGAUUCAAGCUACAACAGGAGAAGAAAAACAAGCCAAACGGCUCCAUUUGUGAGAAAUUAAGGAUAGAAAUUCAUGAACUAGAACAGGGCUUGGAUUAUUACCAGAAUAAGGUAGAAAAGUUUGAAAAAGAUGUGCAGGAUUUACAAAAUCAGCUUCUGGAAAAGGAAGCGUUGUGUGAAAAUCUGCAGCUGAGAUUAGAACAGGAGUCCCAGCUGAGAGUCCAGCUAGAGCAGGAACAGAAAAUCAGUUUGGACAAAGAUUUAGUUAAUGAGAGCUUUAACACAGAGAUGAGUGAUCUUAAAAAACUGAACCUAGAUCUUUUGGAGGAGUUACAUAUGUUCAAGUCUAGGAAAACUGAGGCAGAGGAGAAGCUUUCUAAAGAGCUGGAGCUCUUAAAACUCCAGCUGCAAGAAAAAACCUCUCUCUGUGAAAAGUUUGAAGUUAGUUUUUCUGAAGAAAAUCGGCUGAGACUGAACCAGCAAGCUGAACUGGACAAACACAGAGAUCUCAUCAGUCAGAACUCUGGUUUCAAACAGGAGAUCCUGGAGUUGAAACAGAGUAACUCUGAACUCAGAGAGGCGAUUGACAAAAUCAACUCUGAGAAGGUUGAGUCAGACCUGAAGUUGGAUCAGGAGCUGCAGACAGUUAAAAAGCAGCUUGAAGAGGAAAGUAAGAUCAGACUAAGUUUGGAAUCUGAGCUGGCCAAAAGCAAAGAGACUGCUAGACGUAACGAGCAGCUGAUGACCAGACUUGGAUCUAUGAAGAAAAGAGAGACCGAACUCCACGGCGUAAUCUUAGAUCUUCAGCUCGAACAAAUGAAAACUAACGCGCAGCAUGAGGAACAGUUACAGACCCUCAAACAGCAGCUCGAAGAAAGAAUUAGACCUGAGGUUCAACCUGGUUCUGAAAUAAGAUCUCAGGAACCAGAGACAUCUGUGGAAGGUCUGGAGACAGAUCCUCAUGACGACUGUCAGACGGGAACAGAAGUUAGUUCACCGACUGAAUUAUUGGAACAGUCAGAUUCAGAGGAAGUGAGCCAACGUCUCCACGGAAGUGACUCUUUACCCGUAGAGGACUGUAGCCCAAAAGAAGAGCUUCCACAAACAGCCGACGGAAAUCAGGAAACCAUUUCUAUGUGGAGGCGCUUCAAAAAGUUCCUUACACCUGCAUGUUUACGGAAACACAAAGGCAGGUCUUAAAUUCAUCACACACACACACACCCCUCCCCCAACACCCCCCCCCCCCCGUGAUUAGGUUACAUAGAGACUAGACUGUCCCUGGAUGUGAGUCACCAAACAACUCCCCCUCCCUCUUAGAGCACACACCCAGAAAAAAAAGGGGCUGCAUGGAGAAGAUGUUGACACUUUUGUCUUGCAGUGAGGUUGCUAGUUAGAAUCCUGACAGGCACCUUUCUUUAUGACGUCGGCAUUUUCUCUUUCAUGUAUGCGUGGGUUUACUCCGGGCGCUCCGGUUCCCCCCACACACGCGUGUUUAGGGUUAAUUAGUGACCCUAAAACGUUUCUAGCUAGCAUUGUACUGCCAACCACUAAACCUUAUCCAUGUUCUGUUGUAAACGUAACUCAUUUACUUUUAACAUAGAAACUACUCCUAGUCCAGCUCAUCUGUUUAAUAUUUGACAACUAAUCUGAAUUUAAACCAGUCAUCGCAUCACCAAAACCUUAUCUGAGAAAUAAACAAGACACUCCACACCCCAAUCACACACACAAGAUAAAAAACGGGACAUCAUGGUGGCACAGUGGGUAGCGCUGUUGCCU